GCGCACAGGUGUGUGUUUGAGGUUGACUAGUUAACUGGUGGCCACCCUGCCGAGCGGACAGCACUUUUUUUUUUACUAAAUCACCUUUACUUUUAUAUACAGUUUGCUGUAGGUGUUUCCAAAAUGAAUGCGACUGAAUUUCAGCUGCCUCUGACUGAGUAUGAUUUCGAGCGUCACUUUGAUGAGAGGUCUGCUAUUGAAUGGAUGCAGGACAACUGGAAAAAGUCGUUUUUGUUUGGUGCUGUGUAUGUAGUGCUGGUGUUUGGUGGGCAGCACUUCAUGAAGGAAAGACAAAAGUUUGAUCUACGUAGGGUGUUACUGCUGUGGUCCCUCAGUUUGGCCAUCUUUAGUAUCAUUGGAGCGGUGAGAACUGGGUGCUUCAUGUUGUACAUGCUCAGAACCAGUGGUUUUAAGCAGUCUGUUUGUGAUCAGAGCUUCUACUAUGGGCCGAUAAGCAAGUUUUGGGCUUGUGCUUUUGUGCUGAGCAAGGCCCCAGAGCUAGGGGACACCAUGUUCAUCGUCUUGCGCAAGCAGCGGCUGAUCUUCCUGCACUGGUAUCAUCACAUUACUGUGCUGGUGUACUCCUGGUAUUCCUACAAAGACCAGGUCGCUGGUGGUGGCUGGUUCAUGACCAUGAAUUACACCGUGCACGCGCUCAUGUACAGCUACUACACAGCUCGAGCUGCUGGACUCCGUGUGCCGAAACCCUGUGCCAUCAUCAUCACUUCCUCCCAGAUUGCUCAGAUGGUCAUGGGACUGGCAGUAAGUGCGCUAGUGUACCAAUGGAUGCAGGAUGGGGAUUGCCCUUCUUACAUAGAUAACAUAGUGUGGGCUUCACUCAUGUAUCUCAGCUAUCUGCUCCUCUUCUCUUUUUUCUUUUAUCAGUCUUACGUGAAGGGUUUAAAACCCACAAGCAUCAAAACUGAGUGAUAUGCAGCCCUGAGGUUUGAAUAUGAGAUUUUAUUUCUGAUGGUUUACCUUGGUAAAAUACAUAUUUAUUUCAUGUUUUAAAGCAAGGUGAACAAUGAAGAUGUGUGUAUAUAUUUUCAAACAACAGCCAGACUGUAAAAGCUAUAUGAAAAGAACAAUAGAUUAGGGCAGUUAUUUGUAUAUUAUUUUCUAGAUGGUAUUAGCUGAGCAAAGCGCAUCAAAUACAACUCUUGAUUUUGCUGUUGAGAAUUUAAAUGAUUUUGAAGAACUUGAAAACGUAUGUUGUAGCGAGAGCCAAGAUCCAUUGUAAUCUGUGCUGGUAGUCAAAGAACAAGUGAUCAAUUUGUCUAAAAUUUCUAAAAUUCAUCCAUUCUGAACAUGCUCUUCUGGGUGUGUUUUUAUUGCUGCAUACUAGUUCAGUGUUUCCACCUCAUGAUGUCACAGAAACUUGAAUUAUCCGUGCUGGCUGGUUGGACAGGUUCUCAGACGUUUAAAUUGCCCAUUUUUGGCUGGAAUUCUCUAGAAGGACGACACCCAUGUUCUCGCUCUCAUUCGGUUUCUGUCAUGAGUUCACUGCAGCUCUCAUUCACUGAAGUUACAUUAUAUAAAACCAGCUGAGGAACGAUUGAUAUUCUCUCAUUCACCUUUGAAUAACAUAUGGGCAGAGUCGGAUUGAAAUGGUUCAUUCCUGGUUUUGUGGCUGUACUGGAUUGGUGCUUGAUAGAACAGUUAACCUUUACCUGUCCCUAUAUUGGUGCUACUUGAGUCAUUAGUAAAAUGCACAGUUGUAUUUAUAUAUUUACAUAAUUCAUUUUUAUGGUUGUGGGGAUAUUUAUUUUUCCACUGAAAUGACUAUAAGGUUUCCAUCUUGAUCUUUUAAAAAAAUGUUGUAUUAGCCUAUGUGAUAGUAGAGAACAAACCUUUUGAGAAUAUUCAGUGGAA